AUGCCUAUUCUACCCCCUCAAUUGCUUGACAGCCUGCGCCUUCGACCACAUUUGGAAGCCAUCUUGCCAGAUCUUGCAGAGGACGAGUACGAUGUGCCUUCGUUUUUGGACCUUAUUAUCAUGCAUCAUCCGAGAGACUCUCCCGAGAACCCCGCCGUUGCUCUAGUUUACCAUCCGAAUGGUCUUCAUGAGCCGCCGAUGGACCGCUUUUUCCCUUUAAUUCACCUACGACGCCCAGAAUUCCGCCACAUGGUCGCACUGGACACGCCCAAGGGCACGGCUUAUGUGGGUAGCGAUGGCCAUGUGGACGGCGUCGACUUGUUGUCCCCUGAAGAGCGACCGCUCUGGCGGAAAAUCGGUAUGGUUGAGCUGGCAGCACGGUUCUACUUUGGCCCUUUACACGCCGAACUCGCGAUGGAUCGCAGCCUCCAUCUGCGCCAUUACGACAUGCAUCAUUCCACACUGUCCACGCGAGAGGGAUGGGUCAGAAAUUGA